GUCAGUGUCUUCUCGGAUAACGGGCAUAUCCUCCCAUCCAUCCUCGUCGUCAUCGUCAAAGUCGAAUGGACGAGAGCAAUCGCAGCACUGACAAAUGCGAUCAGAUCCGGUCCGGUGGCCCUUUUCUUGUUUGCCUGCCACUGCACCACGCGCGGGAUGGGGUAUAUCGCGAAGGAUGCCCUCGAAAACCUGCGGAAGUACGCGUACAAAGGCGUUGACAAGUGCGUCGCUUUUGUCACAGUACGUUCUGAAUCCGUUUUGGACCUGGUUCGUCACCCUAUGGCCUCUAUCCGUCGCACCCAACACUGCAAGGGCACUCAGAUCACUCUGUCGGGACUUUCACUUGUAUUCAUCAAUUUUGCGACCGUGCUGUAUUUUGAUCCAUUGUAUCUGACGGAGAAGGACGGGGUGUAUCUUCCGCGAUGGGUGUACUUCUCCUGUGCCAUCGGGCUGUUUCUGUAUCAGACUUUCGACGCCAUUGAUGGAAAGCAGGCUCGGAGGACGGGGAUGGCGGGGCCUUUGGGCGAGAUGUUCGACCAUGGCUGUGACGCCAUGAACACGACUUUGGAAGCCAUCUUGACUUGUCAAGCUCUCAACUUGGGUCGCUCUUGGUGGACUGUCGCUUCGCAGAUGGCGACGCUCGCCAAUUUCUAUCUCACAACCUGGGAAGAGUACCACACCGGCCAGCUAUAUCUGGGCGUGUUCUCUGGACCUGUUGAAGGCAUCCUGAUGAUCGUCGUCAUCUUUCUUAUCAGCGGGACGUUCGGCCCCGCCGUCUGGGACCAGGGGCUGCUCACUGUCCUACGUCUUCAAGACUUGCCGCAGCUCAAAGGGGUACCCAACCUACCGCUCAACGAGGCAUUCAUGGUCUUCGGCGCUGUGGGUCUGAUUUUCAAUAUUCUGACGAGCUACGGCAAUGUACACCAGGCGAUGAAAGAAAAGAAGCAGUCGACCUUCCGAGCUCUGCUGCGUCUCUUUCCUUUCGUUAUCUCUGCCGGCAUCCAAGUAUUCUGGCUCUCCCAUCCCCGCUCGGAUCGCUCUGCUAUCAUCAACUCUCCGCUCUUUGUUCCGUUCUUGUGCGCCUGGGGACUCCAAUUUGCGCACCAAGUCGGGAAGAUGAUCCUCGCACAUGUGACCAAGACGGACUUUCCUGCGUGGGACUGGAUCUGGGUCUGGAGCUUUGCUGCGGCCGUCGAUGCCAAUUUGCCUCGACUCAUCGGACGCCCCCCGCUGCUGCAAACGUCCCCGAAAAACACCGCAUACGCAGUGUGGCUCACGCUAGCCAUCUCCUUCAUCGCGUAUGCGCGCUUCUGCACGCUGGUUAUUUACGACAUCACGAACUUCAUGGGGAUCGCCUGCUUCACUGUGCGCAAAAAGGACGAGGACGGGGUGUGGCAGGAUACCGUGCCUGGCCACACCUCUCCGGCGAAGAAGAAGGCAUGAGCGAACGCGAACGCGACACAAGCUGCUUGCAUAUUCGUAGGUAAUAACGAAUCAUUAAUGUAGAUGACUGGGGCACUGGCAUUUCUCGUGUGGCACCAGGUAGAGUAGACACGAUCACAUGAUGUCACACAUUUCUCAUGCCACCGUCCCUUCGCUUGAAUGACCAAGUGCGUGGCCCGAGUUGCUGGUUUCCCUCGUCCUCUAAAAGUUCGGGAUCAUGAAGUUUCACGCUAGCAUGAAUGGUCAUGUCUUUGGGUCCCGGCGUGUCCACCCUGGGCUCUAGGACAAAAGCUGUUCUCGUUCACAAGUCCUUUCUCUCAUUGGAACCCCCAGGCGAUUCGGGUUCUGGGCGCUCCCAAGCUUCACCUGAGAUGGUCAAUUA